UUCAUCUGCAACCAUGGCCCUGGUGUCGAUCCGUGACUACGAGGCGCGAGCGCACGAAAUCAUCCCCCGGAAUGCGCUCGACUACUUCCGCAGUGGCGCAGGGGACGAACUGUCGCUGCGCUUGAAUCGAACCGGCUUCGAUCGGUUGCGCAUUCGGCCGCGGAUGUUGCAGGGUGCCAACGAGCGAGACCUGUCCUGCACCGUGUUCGGUGAGCGGUUUUCGAUGCCGAUCGGAAUCUCGCCAACCGCCAUGCAACGGAUGGCCCACCCGGACGGUGAGGUGGCCAAUGCACGGGCCGCGGCCAGCCAGCGCGUACCGAUCAUCCUCAGCACCAUCAGCACCACCUCGAUCGAGGAUGUGGCCAGUGCGACGCCCGGGUCGGUGAAGUGGUUCCAGCUGUACAUCUAUCGCGAUCGCAGCGUCACCGAGUCGCUGGUGCGCCGUGCGGAAGCGGCCGGCUUCCGGGCGAUCGUGCUGACGGUGGACGCUCCGGUGUUCGGUCUUCGAAGGUCCGAUAUGCGCAACAGGUUUUCGCUGCCACCGCAUCUGACGAUUGCCAAUUUUGUCGGCAAAGCGGCAACCGGCGUUCACAGUCAGGGUGGCUCGGGUAUCAAUGAGUACAUUGCCGCCCAGCUGGAUCCGGCCCUGUCGUGGGACGACGUGAAGUGGUUGGUCGGUUUCACCAAACUGCCCGUCGUGGUCAAGGGCAUACUCACGCGGGAAGACGCCAUAAUUGCGGCCGAUCUGGGGGUGCACGGAGUGUUCGUUUCCAACCACGGUGCCCGCCAAGUGGACUCGGUUCCCGCCUCGAUCGAAGCGCUGCCGGAGAUAGUGAAGGCGGUCGGUGAUCGGGUGGAAAUAUUUCUCGACGGAGGAAUCACCCAGGGGACGGACGUUUUCAAGGCACUGGCUCUCGGUGCACGGAUGGUCUUCUUUGGCCGCCCGGCCGUGUGGGGACUGGCGGUGCAUGGGCAGCAGGGCGUUGAGAACGUGCUAGGCAUCUUGAGGAUGGAACUGGACCUCACCAUGGCGCUCGUUGGCUGCAACACGAUCGCGGAGAUUACGAAAAACUACAUAGUACACGAGGAGUACUACAGCAAGCUGUAAACCCCUCGAUCCGAUAGUUUUCGAUUCAACGGAAAAUGUUCCAUUAAGUCCAAUUAAUGAAAAUGACUUUAAAAAUUCAAUAAAUAAA